AUGGAUUGCAUCUUGUGUGGUGAGGCGAUAGAGUCGGUGGACCACCUUUUUUCAGCAUGCAAAAUGGCGGCUUUAGUCUGGAAUAAACUUAGCGAGUGGGCCAAGAUUCCGCCCAUCUUUGCCUUCUCGUUUAGAGAUCUUGUCUCUAUUCAUAACGGCGAUGGGGUGGUUCGGAAAGCCAAGGAUAUCGUUCGGGGUCUUAUUAUGGUAGUCUAUUGGUGUAUCUGGAAAGCUAAGAAUGCAAAUUUUUUCUCUAACGGAAAAGGUUGCAGUGAAGAAAUUUUUGGGGAGGUGAAAGCUUUAGGUUUUCUUUGGCUAAAGUGUAGAUCCAAACAUAAGAAUAUUGUUUGGAGAGAUUGGUGUAUUUCCCCUUUGUAUAUGUUGUAG